AUGGACCGCAAAAAUACGAGGCAGUUUCCCGCAGCUGACCGCGAACGAGUGGUGUCAGAAGAGGAAGGAGAGGUACAUGAUGAAGCCUUUCCAAAGGACAUUGACUUGGUUGCUGGGUGCGAGGAUUUGAGGCUGUCGAAACUUGUUGCUGCUCGAAUCACAACAUCAAUCUCAGCAGCAGCCGAUCAGUCAGAAGAGGAAGGAGAGGUACAUGAUCCAGCCUUUCCGACCGACCUCGACUGGGUUGACGGGAGCGAGGAUUUGAGGCUGUCAAAGCUUGUUGCUGCUCGUCUGUGUGAGGCUGAAGAAUCACAGCAGAAUGAGAACCAGGUGAUAACACCUUCUUUGACCCCUACCAAAAACACAGCCGUGUACGCCUCAACCAAUGGACCAAAGGAAGACUCUGAAAAGCCAGCAAAACGAGCACACGAUCAGUCAAAAUCAAGCGAUCCAUCCAUGGUGCCAACAAAAGAGUUGCUCAUGGACGAUAGAAUUGACGCUGGCAAUCCUUCCGGUAUGGAAAACAGCUAUGGCACAAAUAAUGGAACACAAGAAACUUCCAGUGAACAACAAGACAGCUUGCCGGGUGCAUAUGCGUUGGCUCCACCGGGUGUUGUUGUUGCUGCUCCACUGGGUGUCAACAACAACGGCUCGAAUGGUGUAAAUCUAUUGCCACAAAGUGAGCAUCACCCUGGAGUACCGUCAUUGGAUAAUGGUCCGACAAUGGUGAGCAGUAGCUCCUCCAUAUUUGAUGGGGGCAUUCCAGUAGCGAAUCUUGUCAGCAAUGAUCAUGAUAACACCAUUCCUGAGGCCGAACCAGAAGACAUUGAAGCACAGAUGGGGCGCAGAAAGCAGAGAGAAAGAAUGAUGCUGAGGAUGGGAGCAUUAUCUCUUGCUUUCUUUCUGAUGGCUCUAGGACUUGUUCUGGUAAUGGUACUAUUCAUGGUUUCAAAAGGUCAAAAGACUGACAUUGAAAGGCCUGUCUCUACAGUGUCCCCAUCGGCUCCUCCGUCAAUGCCCCCUUCUCAGCGGCGACAGAGUGAUAGUGCUCUUCAGUUAUUCCCUAACUACACCAAGGUGAUGCUGGACGACUUGGAGUCAGCCCAGUACCAUGCCUACCAAUGGCUGCUUGGUGACAUUGAAAUGCAUGACAACAGGCUUGCAGAUGAGCGAAUUCUUCAGCGUUUUGCCCUUGCCACAUUGUACAUGUCAACAAAUGGCGACAGCUGGUUCAGAAAUGAGAACUGGUUAAACCAUUCAGUCCAUGAAUGCUUCUGGUAUUCAAAUGACCAGUUUCUGGACUUCGAGGACGAGGAUUAUGAGUAUGUGCAAGUCAUUCACACCAAUCCUUGUGAGAUGGCACCCACAAACAACACAGAUGUGUCAGUUCUUCCAGGAGAGACAGAAGACAUGUAUGUUCAUCUCUGGCUUGCCAACAAGAAGCUAGAAGGCACCAUUCCUCCUGAGGUAUUCUGGUUGACACACCUCAGGAGUAUUUCCUUCUACAACAAUGAUGGUCUUGGGGGCUCCAUUCCUUCCUUGAUUGGGCAACUAACCAGCCUGGAAGCUAUCAACAUGGGGGGCACAGCAAUCUCAGGUGUUUUGCCCAGCGAGCUAGGCCUCUUGUCAGAUACAACGCACAGCAUUGCCAUCAUCAAUGCUCAAUUGGAAGGAAGGCUCCCAUCAGAGCUUGGUCUCUUGCACAGGAUGCAUGAUCUCUUGUUGGAUCAAAAUGGGUUUACAGGAGUUCUGCCUGAAGAGUUAGGAAAUGUGUCUAGCUUGGAAUGGAUCUAUUUGUCUGAUAACUCAUUCACAGGGACCCUCCCAGUCUCCAUGGUGCAAUUACCUUUGCUGCAACAGUUGUAUCUUGAUGGGAAUCAAUUUUCCGGAGCCAUGCCAACAGAGAUUGGCUUGCUAAGUGAUAUCGACCAUUUGGUUGUCUACAGAAACAGAUUCACUGGAACCAUUCCAACUCAGGUUGCUCAAAUGUCAUCUGCUAGCAAUCUUGACUUUGAUGACUGCUACUUUACUGGGACUCUUCCAUCGGAGCUUGGUCUUCUCACCAAGAUGACACAAUUCUGGGCUGCUGGCAACAGUCUAACUGGAACCAUCAGUACUGAAAUUGCACAGAACCUCAAUCUUGAAUAUUUCAUUGUAUCUGAGAACCAUUUUUCCGGAACAAUCCCUACUGAGUUUGGCCAGAUUGUCAACUUAGACUCAUUGAGUUUGUCAAACAACAACUUGUCUGGGUCACUUCCACAUGGGCUUAGCUCCAACAUCGACUGGUUGGAAGUCUCCAACAACACUCUAUUGACUGGCCCUCUCCCUACAAGCCUUAUAAAUUUGAAUUGGGUAUGGCUGACUGGCACUCAGAUCUCUGGAGUAUUGCCAGGCUACGUUUGUGAUAUUGAAACACUGGCGUUUGACUGCAGCUCAAUUCUCUGUGGUUGUGACUGCACUUGCAGCAACAAUACGAACAGCACAGCAGCUAACAUUCUUGCCAGAAAGAAUGAAACUGUUGGCUAA